AUGGCGCUGGGGGCGGCGGCGCCGGGGCUGGAGGUGCCCCCGCAACACGAGCAGAUUUCUCACACAAAACUUUCUGCGGAUGAUGAGUGGAACCUGCAGCAGGAGAGGAUGUACAGGAUGCACCGGGGCCAUGAGUCCAUGCACGUGGAGAUGAUCUUGAUCUUCCUCUGCGCCCUGGUCAUCGCCCAGAUCGUGCUGGUGCAGUGGAGACAGAGGCACGGCCGGUCCUACAACCUGGUGACCCUGUUGCAGAUGUGGGUUGUCCCUUUGUAUUUCACGAUAAAACUGUACUGGUGGCGGUUUCUGUCUAUGUGGGGAAUGUUCUCAGUCAUUACCAGUUACAUCGUCUUCAGAGCUACCCGAAAACCCCUGUCAGGGAGAACACCACGAUUGGUCUACAAAUGGUUUCUUCUGAUCUACAAACUCAGCUAUGCAUUUGGUGUUGUGGGUUAUUUGGCCAUCAUGUUUACAAUGUGUGGAUUCAAUUUAUUUUUCAAAAUCAAAGCUAGAGAUUCCAUGGAUUUUGGCAUCGUGUCCUUGUUCUAUGGCCUCUACUAUGGCGUGAUGGGAAGAGACUUUGCAGAGAUCUGCUCCGAUUACAUGGCUUCUACUAUAGGGUUCUACAGCAUCAGUGGGAUGCCCACAAGGAGCUUGUCAGACAAUAUCUGCGCCGUCUGUGGGCAGAAGAUCAUUGUGGAGCUCAAUGAAGAAGGGCUCAUUGAAAACACCUACCAGCUUUCCUGCAAUCAUGUCUUUCAUGAAUUCUGCAUCCGAGGUUGGUGUAUUGUUGGUAAAAAGCAGACUUGCCCUUACUGCAAAGAGAAGGUUGAUUUGAAGAGGAUGAUCAGUAACCCCUGGGAGCGCACACGCUUUUUGUAUGGACAAAUCCUGGAUUGGCUUCGUUAUUUGGUGGCCUGGCAACCCGUGGUGAUAGGAAUAGUUCAAGGCAUUAACUAUUCUCUAGGGCUGGAAUAGUACAGCUGACUUGCCCCAGAAGCAAUGUAUUGCAUGUUGAAAUAUUUUUAAAUCCUUGAUCCUACAUUUAAUAUUAAUAUUCUUUUUUUAAUUUUAGAGAUGA